UCUAGCCUCACGUGAUAAAGCGUAGCCUGUGCCGUGGAGGCUCGACCUGUGCAUGUGUCCGUGACACACAAGCCUCUAGCUACCUGCUUUUUAAUUCCGUUUGCCUUCGCUUCGAUUGGACCCCGCGGUGGGAGUGUGGAAUAAUUUGCACCAUCAUUCCGUGGCAGCUGCUCUCCUGGGAGUAGAGAGAGAAUGUGAGUGCAGAGAAGCGAAAGUUCUUUGUGUACCGGGUAUCGGGUUUGUAGGAACCAGUUGCACUUUUGUGUGCAUCCGACAGGGAGUGAAUGUGGAUCUUGGGGCGUGAAUAAGGCAGAGAGGGAGAGAAGGUAGACUAUCAUCCCGCCCCAUGUUCGACAGGAUUUCCCUUUUCCGACAGAAAUGCGCCGCUCGCUUCUCCUCUCCCCGCAGAAAACAGAAUGACAAACCGGUUUGACAUCACGGUGUGUUUGUGUUUGAAGAGCCAACCGCAGGCAGGCCGGAAAUCUGAGCACUGCACUGCCGGUCAGGAAAAAGGCUCCCCCCCCCCCCCGACCCGCUGAAUAAAACAGACCGACGCUGGAACUGAGCUGGGAAACUGAGAUCGUUUUUAUUGAAGUCUUUCGUGCCUUGUCAGACACACACACACACACACACACACAGACAGGGGCAGACAUUCUACUAGACAGUUGGGGAAACCAUUCCACCUCUGCCUAAAGAUAAAAGUGACUGCCCAAGUAGGAGGGAAAAGGUGGAGGAGAGUGUAUUUUUGAUCAGGGUCAAACAUGAGCUGGUGCUGUUCCAACAGGAGGAGGUUUGCAAAGUGAAGGGUUUAUAAUACCGAGAUUAUUGGGAGUCAGUUUUGAUUGCAAAUUAUUGGGAGCCGAUUUUAGUUGCAAAUUAUCGGGACUGAUUUUGCUUCUGGGGCGAUCAUGGCGAAAAAUUCGCCGGACGGCUCCAGGGAGGACCUGAGCAAGAUCCCGGACGAGGAGUUGGUGAAAUGGGGUAAAGCGGAGCUGGUGAGGAGGCUGAGGAAGAGCGAGCAGGAGAGGAUUAGCCUGAUGCUAGAGCACGGCAACCUGAUCAAGGACGUGAACCGGCGGCUGCAGCUCCACCUGCACGAGAUCCGCGGCCUGAAGGACAUCAACCAGCGGCUCCAGGACGACAACCACGAGCUCCGCGAGCUCUGCUGCUUCCUGGACGACGACCGGCAGAAGGGCAAGAGGCUGGCCCGCGAGUGGCAGCGCUUCGGCCGCUUCGCCGCGGCCGCCGUCUGGAAGGAGGUGAGCGCCUCGCAGCACAAGCUGCGGGAGCUGGAAGCCAAGCAAGAGGCGCUACUCCAGGACAACCGGGAGCUCAGAGAGAUCGCCCUCAUGCUGGACGACGAGCGGCACGGCGCCGGCAGCCGCAACUCCAUCGACAGCCAGAGCAGCCUGAUCCAACUGAAUGGGGGCUCGGCCACCAGGGACGUGGGAGACGGCAGCAGUACGUCCAGCGCAGGCAGUGCCGGCAGCCCGGACCACCACCAUCAGCACCACAAGGCUGGGGACAAGGGCCCUGCCCCCGUCGCAAGGUCCACCGAUGACCUCUCGGGAGCCCCCCAUCAUAGGAGCAUCCCCAACGGACUGAAUGAUCCAGCUUCAGCCUACAUCAGACAGCUUGAAAGCAAAGUCAAGCUACUGGAAGAAGAUAACAAGAUUUUAGCACAGCAGUCAAGCACCAGUGACCUGAAAGUUGGUCGCAAGCCUUACCCAGUGCAGCACAAGUCAGACUCGCAGCAUUCAUCACCACUGCCGCCGUCAUUUCAGGAACCCACACAAAACGGUCCACCGUGGCUGAUGACUGGGGACCCCAAUGUUCCAGUGAUGCCACCUGGAUUCAGCCCCACUGCCCAAAAGCCAGAAGCAGUUGUGCAUGCAAUUAAGGUCCUGGAAGUUCACGACAACCUGGAUAGACAGUUGCCGGAAGACUGCGAACAUGAUGAUUUGAGUGAGAAGGAGAAGGCCAUUGUUCGGGAGAUGUGUAAUGUGGUCUGGCGUAAGCUUGGAGAUGCAGCUGGUUCGAAUCCUUCCAUCAGGCAACACCUCUCGGGUAAUCAAUUCAAGGGACCAUUGUAGUGCUAUUGCCUGCAAGGCCUGGACUUUGCAACAAGGAUAGAGAGAGACAUCCUCAUUGCACCAGUACACAAGUGAAAAGAAUCGAACUUCUGAGAAGUGUAAUCCUGGCCAUUGACUCAGCAUGGCCCCACCUAAUGCCUACAUGUGAAGAAGGAUGCUGACGUGUGCCUAUAGUGGUGGAGAGUUGUACAAUGUGCUGACGGCAAAGCAAAUGUAAAUUACUUGUUAUGUAUAGCUGACUAUAAUUGCAGGUCUGGUGAGCCAUGCUACACAGCGAACUACAGUUACGUGUCUGUGUAGAGAGAUUAAUUGAAGUACUUUGAUCACUGAAUAAUAUUGAAUAAGCUUACCUCCACCCUAUCUCCCUGAUUGUCCCAUCCAUACUGAUGAUUGAUAUGAUGCCAUUAUUAGCAGACUCUUUUAAGUACAGUUUCCUUAUUAUAUUACUUAGGUGGACAAAAUGUCCGGGAGGUAUUCUAAACAAAUCCUCAUAUUAGCAACAUGAAAGGAGUUGUAUUUCCAUGUACAGGAAUACCUGGUUCUCAGUAUAUACGUGUGCCAUUUUUGCUGAACGGGCCUGUAAUCAGCUUUAAUUUACAAUGUCAUUGACCUUUGCAGCCAAAACCAACAGAAUAUCUGGAAGUAUUCAAAUGAUAGACUUUUAAAUGUUUAAAAAGUGUGGCCUAUCAAGGAGAAAAUAUAGUUUUCUUAAAGAGACCACAUUCUUUUCAAUAACUAGGAUUUCCCUCGUAAGCCUUUGGCUCUGUACUUGAAAUUUGUGGGAAUUUGUUUCCUUCAACCCCCACUGUAUUUGCAGUUUUUCAUCAUGAUUGCAUCCCAAACCUCUGUUUUGGUACACAUAGUCACAAAUUGUAUGGAGCACAAAAACACCUGUAACUUAUGUAGUAACAGUCAUCUGUGAAUUUUGAAGCAAUUUUGAAGUUAAUGUGAGUAGCACAAUUUUUGGCUCUGAAGUGAGUUUCAUCCACCCAAAGUCACUCAUGCUGUUUCACUGAAAUGUUUGCCCACACUCUCUGCUACUUUAUUUUUUUGAAACACAUUCAAGUGAAUAUAUUGUUUCUUUCCACAGAAGAUGACUUUGGGAUUAAAAUGGUAACAGAGGGCAAAUUACUCGAUGCCAGGUCAUACUAUUGUAAAUUGUGGGUUAGGGAAUGACACAGUACCGACUACUCUGUGAAACGGACUUAACUAAGAGGUGCUUAAGUUCAGCACUGGUUUCUAUCUGAACCUCAACAGUGUGAUGUGUAUAUUCAGGAAGAUUAUUUCCAGUUGAAUCAAGAAUGCACAUGAAAGAUACCCUAUAAAUUCACUAAGGAAGGACAUUUCCAUCAUAUAAGGGAAGAUUUGUUGAACUUGUAAAUUUUUAGACCUUAACCAUUUCUUAUGAGAAAACAACAAAUUGAAACCCUUUAUCUUGCACUCAUCAGGACUAGGAUACAAGAAACAGACUUGUAAAAAGCAACACCAAUUUAUACAGCUUGAAAUGCGAAUUGUUUGCACCAUCGUUGGCAUCCAAAUGCAAAAGGGACUGUUCACUGUUAAUCUUAAUUCACAGACUUGGCGCAUAAACCAUAUUAUGGUGUAUAAUUGGUGCCCUUUUUUCAAACACAACAACAAAAACAAAAGUUGCUGGAAGCUGAACAGGUCUGGCAGCAUCUGGGAAAUAAAAAUCAGAGUUACUAUCUUUGGUCUGGUGACCUUUUCUCAGAACUCGGUGCCCCUUUUUCCAAUCUGUUUCUUACAUCAUUGAAGAGAAAAAUGAUGAACCUAACAAGUAACUGAACCACUUUUAACCUAAACCCUCUGCAAACAAGACAAAAAAACAUUUUAAUUUGCUUUAACUCAGACUGCCUAUUUACGUCAGUCUUCAAUGCAGGCAAAAUAAAAUAGAUUGAACCUGUUUCUGCCUGCACCUGGUUUGAUUUUAUAGUCACUUGGCUGCCAUUCCCAAGUGAUGGUAGGUUGGGAGUGUGUUCAUUUUACUAGUUUGAACUUGCUUUCCUAAUAACUGACAUGUCUGCAGUGUAAUCUGAUUCUGGUAUCUCUGAGAUGAGAAAUUAAAACAAAUUGGCAGAAAUUGUGCAUCAGUUAUGCGGAUUAAGAUUGCUGGACUUUACCUUGAAUUUUUCAUAAAUACCUAUUCCCAUUCCCAAAAGAGCAGUUGGAUUCUAAAGUUUGUGUAGUGCUGUUCACAUAAUACAUAUCUUGGAUCCUCACAGGAAGGAGGAAUAUAGUUGAACUGAACAUAACUGUACUGUCUGGUAUGACACUUGACCAUAUAGAACAAGAGUCCGCAGAUAUGGCCUGUAAGCAAUUCUCUAUUGGAUAUUGAUUGAGGUAGAAAUUGAAGGAAUUACUGUUAGCGUCAAUAUGAGCUAGGAUGUGAUAAAGAAAUCCUGUCGAGAGGUGGGAUAUUUUUCUCAGGUUAAGGUUUCCCUUAUUUUGCUGUGAACCUGCUACUAAACUUUUUGUUCCUAGGUGAGCCUUUUGUGCUUACAGUAGACUGGAUUAAAACUUUGACCGAACUAAAGUAAGGUCUUUAAUAUACUCUUAAGAUUCACAAACUCAUGGAGCAUUUGGAGCUUUUAAAGGCAUCAGGACUGUGGUGACUGAACAGUAUUUAGUCACUGGGCCCGUUAUAGGUAACAGCCUCUUUUGGAAAGAAUGUCUAGUCAUUAAUUUGUUCAAAGCAGAGAACAGUAACAUUUUACUUAGAACCUGAUUACUGAUCAGACCAGAAUUCUGAAAAUGUAAUUCUAAAGACAGUUGUAUAUGUUUAUGCACACUAACCGCCUUGUAACUAUACCGUCCGUAGCAUUCUUUAAACUCACGUGCAUUUUCCCUUUACCUCAGAAUUUUAUAAUGUAACUUGCUAUACACUGGAAUAUGGGUGAUACCCAACAUAAUUGUUUUCUGACAGUAUAAAUUUUACUAAGAUUGCAGUAUAAAUUUAGCAUAUUCAUGUGUGUGUACACAUAUAUAUAUUAUAUAUAUAUAUCUUUUUUAAAUAUUGCUGAAUUAGUUAUUGAGGAAGUAAAGAUUCAAUACUAUUCAUUGAUUCUUGUAAUUUGAUUGUUGCAGUGGGUUUCAAAAUAAGUUGAACAUUUGCCACGGUCUGGUUAAAAGUGCGUCACAUUCAGCUAUCAUGCUGUCACCAAAGAGAAAUUAGUCAAAAAAUAUUAUAGUCCCCUUGGUCUAGUAGAAUGAAUUACCCCUCCCUUCAAUUGAUUGCUUCUCAUAUAUUUUGUUUAUAUCGGUGACACACUGCACACAAUGUUUCAUGGUUUAUCAAUGUGGAACUAUUCUUUUUUGAGACACAGAUCUCUCUUUAACCAAAUGAACACUGUCCAAGAAUAAGUAAAGAAUAGCAUUAACACUUGCAGUUUUCCAGUUUAACUAUUUUUAAUUUUAAACCAAACUCCAUUAAACGUAGAGACAAAAACAGAAAUUUCUGGAAAAGUUCAGCAGGUCUGGCAGCAUCUGUAGAGAGAAAUCAGAGUUUGUAGAAUUACAGUCUGGAUGCAGGCCAUUCAGCCCAAUCGAGUUCACCCAGACCCACCCUAUAUUUCCCAUAGCUAAUCCACCUACCUGCCCAUCUCUGGGCACUAUGGGCAAUUUAGCCUGGCCAAUCCACCAAAUCUUCAGACUCUGGGAGGAAACCCAUGCAGAUAUGGGGAGAAUGUGCAAACUUCACACAGACAGUCACUUGAGGGUGGAAUUGAACCCAGGUCCCUGGUGCUGUGAGGCUGCAGUGCUAACCACUGAGCCACCGUGCCAUCCUUUGAGGAAAGGUCACAAUUUGAAAUGUUAACUCUGAUUUCUCUCCACAGAUGCUACCAGACCUGCUGAGCUUUUCCACAAUUUCUGUUUUUGCCUCUAAUUUACAGCAUGCACCGUUGUUUCGGUUUUUGUUUCCUUUAAUUGUAGUAUUGUCUAAUCUCUUAAAAUAUCAGUGUCAUUUUGCAAACAGAAACAAAAUCAGAAAUUGCUGGAGAAACUCAGCAGGUCUGGCAGCAUCUGUGGAGAGGAAGCACAGUUAAUGUUUCGGGUCCAGAGUGCAUUACACCCAAAAUGUUGACUCUGCUUUCGCUUCACAGAUGCUGCCAGACCUGCUGCAUUUCUCCAGAAAUUUAAAUUUUUGUUUCAAAUUUCCAGUAUCCGGUUCGUUAUCUUAGUUUGCAGUCACUGUUUUGACUAAAUUCAUUUUUGCCUCCUUAAUUUUUAUGAUUAAAGGAUGAAUGUUAGUCAAACAAAACCAAUAAAAGUUCUGAAAACUUCCAACAGAAUUUGUUACAAUGCUUUUCCAUUUCCCUAGUGCUGGAACAAAUUAAAAAUGCAUGCUUUUGUACAUUAUGACUCUUAAAUAAAACCAGGAAGCCACAGCAGACUCAUCAGCAUCUGUAAAAGAAAACAUUCAAUAACUAAGUGAAGACUCUCAAUCAGAACUCUGAUAAUUUGGUUCCCUGAGUUUUUAACCGGCCAGUGUAUGAAUUAUAACUGGUUAGCAUGCAACAAAUGUCUUUGAAAACAAUUGGAGUUUAAGUAUAUUAAACUGGUAGAAUAUAAACAACAAUCUGGUAAUUUACCCACAAGGCCUGGGUGAUUAAUCCCUCUCCUUCACCUUGGAUACUUCCUCAAAUUGAUCCACUUAAAUGUUAUUGGCACUUUAUAACCAAAAGAAAAAAAAUGAUACUUAAGUUUGUGCAGACAACAUUUUAUUGUGGUCUACAUAUAAUACAAUAAGGAGUUUUUGAGAACAAUAAACAAGUUAAAUUGAUUUUGUUUUAAUGCUGGAGUCCUCAUUUGAAAUAAGUUGGCUGAUGUAGGAACAACUGAUCCAAUCUAGUUCUGGAAUCAGAUUUCCAAAUUCCUUCUGAAGUUGUCAUAAAUUUGGACAGUUGGUAACUUGCUAAUAUGCUGAUCCAUUGCUUGAAAAUUUUGUGUGCAGGAGUGUUAGGGUGUUUGCAGAGUUUAAGGUACCUAUCUUGUGUUUCUAGGCACGUGUUGUGUUCAUCGUUUCAGGCAUUCUUCCCAUUUCUGUAUCCUUCAAUUGCUACGAAACUGCAGCCAUCACACCAAGACUAUUGUCAAAAGUAAUAAAGAUAAGUCUUAUGGACACCCUACACCGAAAAGGUAAACAGAGUGUAAGUCUAGCUUCCUAGAAAAUAGAUCAUCCUGUUAUUCUAUGAUUUGACAUUAAAUCUGCAUCAUAGUGUGGGCGAACUGUAUGAGGAGAUAACAAGAUGUCGAGCUGGAUGAACACAGCAGGCCAAGCAGCAUCAUAGCAGCAGGAAAGCUGAUGUUUCGGGCCUAGACCUCUGGAGUUCCUACUAUCUCUGAAACUGUAUGAGGAGUCUAGUUGCUCUGAUUGUGUUAGGCAAUACAAUAUUAGGAUCAAUAGGCAUCAUUCAGGAACUUGUUCCAUCAGUGAAUCUGAGCAUUAAUCUUUGUACCUGGCACAGUAGGGUGUUUAGAUUGAGGAUGAUUUACACUGCUUGGCUCAGAAUAUACUUGAAAGGUUCCUGGUUAAUUAACUGCAACUGUUGAUCUUGACAGCCCCUUUAUAGUUCCAAUUCACACUUUCUUUGGUCGGCCAAUAAAUCAUUUUGAAUAGGUUUUCUUUACCAUUUAGAAGUAAUGAUAAAAAUGAAUUAUCCUUACGCAAGCUGUUAUUAAUCAUUCCCCUCAGUAGGUUGCCUAAUAGGUGUCUAAUGGAAAUGAUUUUGCUAGUGUAAGAAUCUGCAGCCUGUGGACAUUUUUUCUUUGCAACAACGUUCAUAAUAAAUCUUUGAAUUGCAAGUCCUUUAAAGAAGUUAUUAAGAACAGUUCCCUGAUGACAUGAUGAGGAAAGGUGCUGAUUGCUGUAUCAUUAACCCACACAGAUUGGAAUGUUCCGGUUUAAUCUCUGAAAUUCUCUCCCACAAAAUGAUAUGGAAGCUGGAGCCAACAAGACUAAGACUGAUUGAUGUUUUUUGUUGGGUUAGGGAUAGUCAGUCAGUUCUUAAAAUGUAUCAGUGAACCAGUUGAGAGCCUAGAUGGCUUUCUCCUGUUCAUCUGAUCUCUAGCUCAAUAGUGACACAACCAGUUCACCCUUGGGUUGUUAAGACCUGGAAUUCCUAUUCCAGAUUGCAGACCAGUAACUCCUGCUGGAACAGCCAGUUCCCCGGGAAUUGGAACCUCUUAUGUGUCUGUUUUCGGGAGCAAAGGAGAGAGAAUUUUGCGAAACAAAAAUCCAGCUCACUUUGACUUUUUUCACCCCUCUCUCUAGUCACUAAUUUUUAGCACUGAAGUUAAACAGACUCAUAUCCUGUCUCUUUGUCAAGCACAUUAGAAGACGUUGGUGUCUCAACAGUGGUUAAAUCUCAUGUCCAUUCUCUUCAAUUUUCACAAUGUUAAUUACUGUUUAGCUAUUCUUUUGCUAUUCAAGGCCCAUUGACUUUUGUAGGGCUGUUAUGCCACAGCGAUAGUGUCCAUACCUCUGGAACAAGUGCCCGGGAUUCAGGCCCCAUCUGGUCCAGAGGUGAGGAGUAACAUCUCAAAAUAGGUUGUUUAGAAAAUAUCUAGAUGCCAAAUAGUGCUGUAGUGGAAGUCUGAAAAUUAGCAGAUGACCAGUAAGGAACACACGGAUUUACAUCAUUUGGAAUGGAUGAGAUGCCCAAAGCAUUUCCUAUCGGAAGGUUAUUUUAGGAUCACACUCUAUUUGUCAUGGUUAAGAACCCUAGCUCAAAUCCAACAAGCAUCUAAUUGCUGAACUUGUGAGGAGCUGAUACAAUCUUCCCAACUCUGCAUAUCUAUUCAUGAUGUCAAUAGCUUUUAGGCAAUGGUGGCCUGAUAGAAGUGAGACUCUUUGCUGCUGUGAGAGUACAUUCUGGAUUGGUACAUCAUACCCCUGCAGAGAAGCCCCUUGCACGUAAGCAUAUGACAAGAGAAUACAAGGACAGACAGCCAGGCCCUCUGUUACUUAUCCAAUCUGUUCGAUCUGAUCUUCCUCGACUAUAAUGCCAGCUUGUGAGGGAGCAAAAAUCCAGGGAGAGAAAUAGAACCAAUUGCCACUGUCAAGAAAAUAAUUCUGGGAAAUAUGUCUCAAACUCCCAAAGCAAUCAGAUAUCUUUCAUAUUUAUGUGUGAUAUUAUCACAAGAUACACAACCCAUUCCCACAUUCUUCUACGUGUUUCAAAGCCACAGGGAACUUGAAACCUCUUUACCCAUCUGACUUGAGCCAAAUGUCACAAGAUUCAUUUUUCCACAUUAAUUCAUAAUAUUUUAGCCCCCUUAGCUGUCAAAAAGAAAAUCUGUUAGGCACUUGAAUUUUUAUUUACACAUAUACACAUUGCCUGCAGAUUCUGAACCUUUAGCUUCACACUAAACCUGGAAAAAAAUUGAACUGAACAUUAACCGUGUUUUAUACCAGAUUAUGCAAAACCAGAGGUAAUAAGCAGAGAAAAUUACCAUUGUAAACUUUACUUCCUAUAUGCAAUAUUGGUAGCCUAGUAGCAAUUAUCUGUAUUUGAAUAAAUGCAGGUACAUGGUGCAGCUAAUCAAUUGAUUCGCAAAAUUCUGCAUACUGGAUUCUCUGUUGUUUAGCUGUGUGUGAAAGGUUGCUUCUGAUGAGAACGAUAUAGAAAAGGCCAACAAUCUGAUUUCAAGACAAAUCUCUUCCAGUUGAAUAAUUGGCCCCAUAAUUUUGUUUUUUUAAAAUCUUCCAGUACGACAAUCUUUAUGGCUUGAAUGAGUUCAAUUUCUGAGAAGUUUUGAAGUUUGAUCUGGUAAUGCACUUCUAUGAGAUGUUGCAAAUUUUACCAGUUGUCUGUAAAGUCAGGGGGAAGUCUUUCUUCUCUUCCCAGAUUUUUUCCUUGCUUUAUAAUGAGACACAGGGUCUAGGUAGUAACGCAUUUGGGAGAAGCUGCAAGAGGAAUGCACUGGCUAAACAUGGAACAUUAUUUUUCUUCCUAAGCAACAAAGAUUUUAAAAAAAAAACAUUAGUAAAGACUGAGUACAUAUUUCCAAAUAAUCUAGAUAAACUGCUGGAGCAAAAUUGUCUGAUGGGUGGGGAGAUGAGAUCCCACAACAAAUCACUUCUAACUCAACCAUACCUGUUGAAGAAACCGCUUUGGGGGUAUCAUAAGUGUUUCAGGGUAAGGAGUGAGAUAGGAGGUAGAUUUUUUUUUAAAUUAAGAAUUUUUUUUCCUGAGGAUAGAUAUGUACAUCUAUAAAAGAAAACUAGAAAAGUGCAGAAUGAGAGUAGAUGGAUAUUUUGAUAAGGUUGUGAAGUGACCGUACUAACUACUGUUCUUGAGCACAAGUGCAACUGAAGUUUCGCUGUGGAACUUGAUGAGGAAAUUCCUGCUGUUAUUUUAUCUGCUGUGUAUAUGUGUGCGCGCUGAGUCUGUAAACUAUAAUGAACACUACUGUUUUUGACUGCUCUUUCUGUACAUAUUGAAAGCUGUGUGGGCCUGGCAUGGAUUUGUAACUUCAAUAGAACACACCAUUUAUUCCCCACCCCAAAGUGUACUUUUUCUUAAGAGAUGACAGUUUUAGUCUCUGAUAUUUUAGUUAAACAAUAAAAAAAAAUACAUCUCAUAGCAGCUGUUAGCUGACUUUCAGGCAAAAUAAAACAUAUCAAUUUGUUGUGCA